AUGAAGAGACAAAGGGAUCAAGUCAUCGUCGAAAAUCCUUUUGUAAAGCCAGAAAAUCAGUCUUGGGCAGUUACGCCUCCGGCAUCUCUCCACAGAACAGUCUCUCCACCACCCACCAAUCCUCGACGCCGCAGCCGAUCUGCCAUCCAAUCUCUCCCUACAAAGUCCGACACUGCGGCUGUGGAAGCAGGUGAGAUCGAAAUCGACGAUCAUGUCUCUUUCUUCUCGUCGAAGCUCCUGGCAGCGACCAGAGCUUCUGUGCAAGGGCAACCAAGGCUGUCGCAUGACGAAUGGCUGAAUCUUUACCAAAGAAACCUCCACGACCGUGGCCACCAUUUUGUCGUUCAUCAACACGAUCAUCCAGUUGCCGGUACUCACUAUGACCUCCGUCUGCAAUGCAAUGCCACCAGCUCAAUCAGUUUCUCCAUCCCGUUUGGCUUACCGGGAGAUCCCAAUAGCAGGAGACUCAACCGCAACGCCAUAGAGACAAGAGUCCACAAUCUAUGGAAUCACUUGAUCGAAACAGCUUCUUACGAGACUGGCACCAUGCUCCUCUGGGACACGGGUGAAUAUUUUGUUCUUCCGCACUCAUUCGAUGCCGACCCAAACGCAGACGCAGCAACCACCGAUUCUGAUUCUGAUUCGCCCAACUACCCCGAGUCAGAACCAGCCAAAUUGCAUCGUGCCUUUCAAGGUCGCAAGAUCAAGAUUCGUCUCAACGGCACGCGUCUACCUAAGGAUUACACCCUCAGUAUCCGCCUGACACACGAGAACAAUGCCCUCGCGCAACCGAAACCACCAUCGUUCAAACGUCGCCGGAAGGUCCCGCCACCAACAACUCUCCUCCGGAAAGACACAGCGGACUCGAAACUAAGUUCGAGCCAGGGCUCCAAUCCAAGUCGAACGUCAACCCACGACCGCUCCAGCGUCAGUCCUGUAGAAGACAAACGCAUUCCGCGGCUAGGCCGAAGUGUUUCAUCCCUGCUUCGCACAGCAUCUCCGCCAUCAUCCAGCCGGAAUCCUCCAGCCCUUACACACCAACCCGCCAGUUCCGCCUCAGCCCUGGCACCAGAGCCGACCGACAAUAAUUCACCCGCUCCCAAAGAGGAUAAGACCAAUAAGUCCAGGGACGAAGAAGACCAACAAAUCCGCGAGAGAAACGCCUACCCCGGCGCAACCAACACCAUCAAUAGCGUCCAUCAGCGCCGGUGGUUCCUAUCCAUCGACCGUGAAGCAUCCGGCUUCCGCCCAACCAACCGGAUUGAGUUCGGUCGUCGAGUCUGGGAACGUCCGCUCGAGAAAGACUCCCCGGCCGGAGACGGGUUAGGCGGCUUUCCAUCUUUUUACGUGCGAGGCCGCGACGUCGAGACAAGCAUUUUGACGGGUCGACUCGCGGCGGACGUGGCAACGGAUGAGGGGCUGGUCAAUUACAAACCUAGAGGUGGAUGGAGGCCAGUCACCGACUGA